UGGUAGUAGGGCAGCGCGAGUGGAGCCGGUCGUACGGAGUAGGACGCUGUUUGGGAAUUUUCUCCAAGUGCAGCUCUGAGGACGACACCAGCGCCUUCAUAAACCCAGGGAAAUUGUGGCGCAUUGAGAGUUGGUCCAGCUUCUUCACGUUGUACUAUGUAUCAGAUCAGGCAACCAGCAAUCUGAGCCGUGAUCCUUGACCCUGUCCAUGUCAAGUGAGUCGGAGCCAAAGCCUUACCUGUUCAGGGCUGGGUCCGAGGAGGAGGAGACGGAGUUUACCUGUGGCUCCAUGCCUCAUCUGCACCGAAUGGGCGGGGCUUCAGAUGGCAGUGACAGCAGUCAUGACCCAGGGGCCCGCCCCCCUCUGCAUGAUGACAUAGAGAUGGGCGGGAACGGGUCCAGCGGGAGCAGCACGGAAUCCCACGGCAACGAGUUGCAUGGCAACGAGUCCCACUGCAACGAAUCCGUGGGCAGCUCCAAUGGGAACGGCAAAGAUUCUGCAUUUUUGGAGUCGUCGGGGAGCAACAAGAGCUCAAACUCUCAGAGUCCGUCUCCUCCCAGCAGUUCAAACGCCUUCAGCAUGGUGAGCUCGGAACAGGACCAUCCAUCCACCAGCGGCUGCAGCAGUGAGCAGUCAGCGAAGGAGAAGACGCAGAAAGAACUUUUUAAGACACUGAAGGAGCUGAAGCUUCACUUUCCAGCAGACAAACGCAGCAAAGGACGAGCGAGCACUCUGCACACGCUCCGAUACGCACUGCGCUGCGUCAAGCAGGUUAAAGCUAAUGAAGAAUACUAUCAGAUGCUGAUGAUAAACGACAGCCAGCCACCCGGUCUCGAUGUGUCCUCCUACACCAUUGAGGAAAUCAACAGGAUCACCUCGGAAUACACUCUGAAAAACACUGAUAUCUUCGCAGUAGCGGUGUCUCUGAUCACGGGUAAAAUCGUGUACAUAUCAGAGCAGGCUGCAGGGAUUCUGCACUACAGGAAGGACGAGUUUAAGGACCGGAAGUUUGUGGAGUUUCUGACGCCACAGGACGUCAGCGUUUUCUACAGCUUCACCACACCGUACAGACUGCCCGCCUGGAGCAUGUGCACCGGAGCAGAGUCAUCCUCCACAGAGUUCAUGCGGGAAAAAUCCUUCUUCUGCCGAAUCAGUGGCGGUAAGGAGAAGGAAGGUGGCCUGCAGUAUUAUCCAUUCAGGAUGACCCCGUAUCUGAUGAAGGUUCAGGAUGCAGAGCUGUCAGAGGAACAUUUCUGCUGUUUAAUCCUGGCAGAGCGAGUUCACUCAGGAUAUGAGGCACCUCGGAUUCCUCCAGACAAGAGGAUCUUCACCACAACACACACACCCAAUUGUGUGUUUCAGGACGUUGAUGAGAGGGCCGUGCCUCUGUUGGGCUAUCUGCCACAAGACCUAAUUGGGACCCCUGUCCUUCUUCACCUUCACCCCAAUGACAGGCCGCUGAUGCUGGCAGUGCACCGCAAGAUUCUGCAGUACAUGGGGCAGCCUUUCGAUCACUCAUCCAUCCGUUUCUGUGCUCGUAACGGCGAAUACGUGACCAUAGACACUAGUUGGUCCAGCUUUGUCAACCCCUGGAGCCGGAAGGUGUCCUUCGUUAUCGGAAGACACAAAGUCCGCAUGGGCCCCGUGAAUGAAGACGUGUUUUCUGCUCCUGCUUUCACUGAAGGGAAAAUCAUGGACUCAGACAUUCAGGAAAUCACUGAGCAGAUACACAAAUUACUGCUACAGCCGGUGCACAGUUUGGGCUCUAGCGGUUACGGUAGCCACGGCAGCAACGGUUCUCACGAUCACCUGCUCAGCGUGGCCUCGUCCAGUGAUAGCAACAGUAAUGGGAACAUGGCCACGGGCAACAGCAACACUGGCCAGGAGGAGGGAAGCAAGACCAAACCAAGAACGUUUAAAGAGAUUUGUAAAGGAGUUCAGAUGCUGAAGACUCAGGACCAGCAGGUCUCCACUGCUAAAUCCGAUCAGAAAAAGAGUGCAGAAACAGGGUUAAAGGCUCCAGCCUUGAAGCAGAAAGACGCAGCCCUGGUGGUCAGCCCUGGUGGUACUGCAGCAGUGGGGGAACUAAGGGACCAAACUUUGUACUCUUAUCAGCAGAUCAGCUGUUUGGAUAGUGUGAUAAGGUAUUUGGAGAGUUGUAAUGUACCCAUCACAGUGAAGCGCAAGUACCAGUUCUCUUCCUCCAACACCACCUCCUCUAACUCAGACGAGGAAAAGAAAGGAUCAGAUGGAGCCCUGCAGAGCCUGCAAGAUCCUAGAUCCAGUAAGAAGCCUCUGGCUGGCCCUGCUGCUGUGGUCAGUGGAACUUUGGCUCCUUUACCCCUGCCCACUAAACCAGAGAGUGUGGUGUCCAUCACCUCUCAGUGUUCAUACAGCAGCACUAUUGUACAUGUGGGAGACAAGAAGCAGCCAGAAUCCGAGAUCAUUGAGGAUGUAGCAGAAAGCCCUGCCCCUCCUGCGCCCGUCAGCGUCGUGUCUCCGCCCACAGUGGAGCAGGGGGCCUACCGGAAGUUGGGGCUGACCAAACAGGUUCUGGCUGCGCACACACAGAAAGAGGAGCAGGCGUUCCUGAGUCGCUGCAAAGAAUUGUGCCAGAGCUGGACGCUACAGAAAGAUGGUCCAGCUAAUGCGGCCAGAAACCGCGGACAAGCUAACGAUGGACUACCAGGACCUCAUGCAUCCAAACCAGGCAUUUCUGCUGCAGAACCGACCACUAAACGUAGCGGGCGAACCAGGAAGUCAAAGAAACCUCGCAUAAACAAACCUGAUUCGUCAGACAGCGCUGUGUCUCAGCGGAUGCGCCGGCCACCUCUGCAGAGCCUGAAUCAAACGUCCUGGUCUCCAUCUGAGGCAUCUCAGUCUGCCUUUUCAGUUCCAUACCCUACUUUGGUCCCAGGAUAUCCACUUUACACAGCUGCUCCUCCACCUGCAACUACACUGCCCCCCAGUGGCGAACGGAACCCAGCUGGAAGCUUUGCAGAGGCUCCGAAUGCUCAGGUGGCACCCACUGCCCCACCAUACCCUGCCCCAUUAGUUACACCAGUGGUGGCGUUUGUUUUGCCCAAUUAUGUGUUUCCUCAACUCAGCACAGCGCCACGCCCACCUUUCUAUGCAGAACCCCAACAAGCCUACACCAACCAGCAACCCUUUCAGCACCAACCAACUGUAAACCCCCAGCAAGCCCUCCAACCACAACAAAACUACACUACCCAGCAACCCUUUCAACCUCCUCAGCCACAACAAGCGUACAGCACCCAACAACCUUUCCAGCCCCAACAAGCUUAUGCCACACAGCAACUCUUUCAGCCCCAGCCAGCCUACAAUACCCAGCAACCCUUUCAACCGCAGCAGACUUACACAGUCCAGCAAGCUUUCCAACCUCAAACAGCAUACAGUUCCCAGCAACCUUUUCAACCUCAGCAAGGCUACACUGCCCAGCAACCAUUUCAACCUCAGCAGCCCUUCGAUAACCAGCAGCAAACUUUUCAGCCCCAAACUCCCUUCAACCCCCCGCAGCCGUUUCAAAUGCAGACCCAAUUUACUGCACAGACGCCGUUCCCUCCGUACAGGAUAACUUCUGAUCCCAAACCUCCUGCAAAUGAAGCCCCAGAUGGGCCAUCCCUGCCUCCCUCACUCCAUUCUCCUCCACUUUUUGGGUCCCACUGUAGCUCUCCCCUGCAGCUAGACCUGCUACAGCUUGAGGACAAGCCAGACUCACACAGCACAGCGGCCCCUUCUGGAUCCCAGGGGAUAUGCAGCUCAGCACUGGAGAAGAGCAACGUGGUCAGCAGCAGCGCCACUGCUGCAGCAGGGGAGGCACAGCAGUCUUGCCGCCUUGGAGACGGAAGCCGAAGCGACGGUCACUCUUCGUCCAGUGAUCUGAUGGAGCUGCUGAUGCAGGAAGACUCGGGCUCAGCUACUUCCGCCUCCACAGGCUCUGCCUCCAAUGGCUGCAACACCUCCAACAGCGGCACAGGAAGCAGCAACACAAGUAAAUAUUUCGCGAGUAUUGAUUCUUCUGAAAAUGACCACAAGGAUAAGAGGAAAAAAGAUGGACAAAACUUCAGAUACGUCCUUCAAGAUCCGCUCUGGCUGCUGAUGGCCAAUGCUGAUGACAAAGUAAUGAUGACUUAUCAGGUGCCAGCACGGGACAUGGAGAAGGUGUUGCGUGAUGAUCGUGAGCGUUUGCGGCGAAUGCAGAAGAGUCAGCCACGUUUCACCUCAGACCAGAGGAGAGAGCUCAUAGAGCAGCACCCCUGGAUGAGAAGAGGGGGGCUACCCAAAGCUAUCGACGUCAAGGAAUGUUUGUACUGUGAGGACGAUGCUCCAUUAGAGGAGGACCUGCCUGACAUGGACCUCGGCAUUCUGGGAGCAGAGACGGUGCAGGAAGAAGGCGUGGCCCAGAUACAGGAAGAGGCUGUCUCCUAGCAACUCUGUAACUCUAGUUGUUUAUCAGCCUGCGUGGGGUGACCGAAACCUUCAGCUGAACACUGCCCCACACACACACUCUCUCUCUCACACACACCUGACAGCACAGUUUUUACAUCCUGAGCAGAUCAGAUCAUCCUACCUUCAGUUCUAGUGAAGGUGUGAGGGUGUACAGCACUUACAGCACUGUCCAAAAGUCAGACCACCCCUCAUUCAUUUAAUUUUCAGUAAUUAAAUACAAGAGAUUAUUUUUUCAGUGUCAGGAAAAAACAGAUUUAACAGAAAAUUUUAGGCAUGAAUCUGCAGGAAUUGAUUUUUUAAGUUCAGUCAUAAGUAUUUUCUGCUGCUCGUGUGUUAAGGUCUGGACACCUGGUUGGACCACCCACUGUCCUGACAACACCUGCAGCCUCUUUGUUUGAUUUGCUAAUUUUUUUUUCUUCUUUUUUUUGUCUAUUAAUUUUCUCAGUAACGGCUUCUUGACAGCUACACAUCCUUUCAGAGCCAUAGUGCUGAGUUGUCUUCUUUUUUUAGAUCUGAAGGAAGAAGUUAGCUGGAUUUUAAUCUAUAAGAGAUUAAUCUUUUAAGUACCGUUUCUCUGAUGAGGACAGUUUUGGUGGUCUUCCAGUUCUUGCAAGGUUGUUACGAGUCCCACUUUCUAUGUAACUUUUAAUCAUUUUUUUGAACUCAGUUUUGUAAACGUCUUUUUUUUCUUUUUCAUAUAUUUUGCUUUGACUUUUCCUUUCGUUAUGUAAGCCAGUUCUCUGACAUCUAAUCACGUCAGAAAUAUGUCCUGAAAAAUGAAAUUAAUGGGCAUUUUGAGUGGUAAUAAAUAAAUGAAGGGCGGUCUCUGACUUUUGCAGAUUACUGUAUAGGUGUGCGUGUGUGUGUGUGUGUGUGUGUGUGUGUGUGUGUGUGUAUACUUGUAAAAGCGGUGUAGCUAAAAUCCCCAGACUGUGACCGACCACUAGGGUAAACGGUUAUUAGAGUAAUUAUUUUUUUUAUUGUUGGGUAAUUCCUAAUUAAUUAAUUUAAAGUUUGUCAUCUUCACCCCUGACAUGAAGUCCAAAAAUGAGAAGAUAUAAAUGUAUUUUCCUUAAGCUUCAUUUCUAAAAAGAUUAUUGCAUCAAAGACUAUUUUUUAAGAAUGUGUGAAGGACGCUUUUGGACAUUGCGCAGCCCAAAAAAAAAUGUACCUACUUGGGAUUAUGAUGGACAUGGGACUCCAGCGCUUACAUCUGCUGUGCACCUGAGGCUAUUGACCAAACUACCUGAUGACCACACUGCAGUAUCUGGGCAGUUUAUUGCAGUUAUAACAUUGGCUCUGAAGGAAACUAUGACCAGGUACUGGGCUCAAAACACUCUGAAAGGACAAGAGGACAGUGAAGCAGUGACCAGAACUGCUGGACAGUGGUGCAUUUACACCAUGAGCAAACAAUGUUCAUCUCUUCUGUGAUCACGGACAUUCAGAAACUUGAAACAAGGCACAGAACGACAGAAGAAAAUGGACCAAAUCAACUAACUGUGCGUUUUUAUCUCCGUAUAUGACACGAUUUUCACCGUUUCAUUGUUUUUAUAUUUUACAUAAUGACCUUUCUGUCCAGCAGAGUGUGGUUGCUCUCCAGAGAGCAGAUGCUGUCAUCGUUUCCACAGGGUUUUUUAUGACGCUCGCUAAGCUCUCAUGUGUUGCAGUGUUAUGAAAUUUGUUUAAAUAUUGAGGGUCAGGACUAUUAAAAGUGGAAGACGAGGAGAAACAAAGUCACUGUUGUAGCUGUUUUGACACACUUUGUCUGAAAUUAAAUCAAAGGGGUGGUAACAAUGACCUCUAAAGGCCGGCUGCCAGAUUUAGUUAGAAAAUGUAUUUUAAUUCCAAUAUUGUUUUUAUUUAUUAUUAUUAUUGUUUUUUUGUUUAGUUUUUUUCUUAAUCAUGGUUUGUGUUGUAUGCUGUGUUAGAAUUUGAUUUUCUCUCUUUCUUUUUUUUCCUCUUUUUAUAUUUGAUAGAAUCUGUCACUGUCUGGCUGUCAGGUUUGUCCUGUUCCUAUGUUGUAAUAAAAUAUGAUGCACAGCUGUU